CUCGUAUCUCUGUCCUUCCCAAAAAGCCAACUCCUUUCCCGGCUGAGUUUAUUUCUCAUUCUCUUUCUCCACAAGCAAACCCCCCAACUCCAACUCCAACGCCAACCCUUUUAUACAAAUGCAACCACACCACCACUGAAACACGACCCACCACCACAACUACCACCAUGCCUCGCCAUCACCGAUCCUCCUCCUCCCCCCUCCUCUCUCCGCCGGUCCUCAUCAUCCUCCUCCCCACCGUCAUCUUACUCUUCCUCAUCUACGCCAUCCCUCCAUUUCUCUCCCUCACCUCCCACAUCCUCCAGCCCACCGUCUCCGUCAAGAAAAGCUGGGACUCCCUCAACGUCUUCCUCGUCAUCUUCGCUAUCCUCUGCGGCGUUUUCGCUCGAAAACACGACGACGCCGGCGAGGGCUUGCCUGAUCCCGACCACCAUCAUGUCCAUAUUCACAAUGCUAAUUCCGACCCUUUACUUGAUAGAACCACCUCAUCUCCACAAUCAGAAUCAUCAGUUCUUCAUGUUCCACAGCAGCAAUGGUUUGGAUACUCGGAGAGAACGUCGAGGAUGUACGACACAACUCCGGUUAAGACGCCGGAAAACGUCAGCGGCGACGGCAGGCUGAGGAGGAGAAGCUCCUACCCUGAUAUGAGGCAAGUUGAGUCUUUGUGGGAAACUCUAGACGAUACCAAGUCUCAGUUUCGUUUCUUUGAUGACUUCGAAAUCAGCAACUACAAAACUCACCGACACUACAAAGAGACCACGUCCGAUGAUGUGAAGGAGAUAAAGGUCGAUACUUUCGUACUUCAACCUUCUCCAACGCCGCCUCCACCACCUCCGCCUCCUCCGCCGCGCCGUGAGAAACAAAGGACGUAUGAAACAGUAGGACGUCGAAGCAAGGAAAAAGUUGAGGAGGUGAAGUUUGAGGAAGUACGAUCCACGCCUCCGCCUCCACCACCGCCGCCGAGUACUGUAGCUCCGCCUUCGCCAAUGCGGGUAAGAUCGGACCAGAAACACGGGAGGCUUGAACGGAGGAAGAGUAACGUAAAGAAGGAGAUAGCCAUGGUUUGGAACUCAGUUCUGUCCAAUCAGAGAAAGAGAAAGAGGAAGCAGAAAGCUACACGAAACAUUUACGACACUGCUGCCACUACGGAACCACCGCCGGAACAGUCGCAACCGCCUCCUCCGCCACCUCCGCCGCCGCCUUCCUCGGUGUUUCAUAAUCUAUUCAAGAAAGGAAGCAAAACUAAAAAGGUACAUUCUGUCCCAACCGCACCGCCACCUCCGCCGCCGCUGCCGGAAGUUUCAGUACGAACACAUCAAACUCGUUCCCGGAGCACUCUCCCGCCACCGGCUCCGCCAACCCCGCCGCGCCCACCUCCGUCAGCCCACUCCCGGCGCCGGCCGCCGUUGCCGACGAAACCAAGCACCUCCUACGAGGUCGACAAUGUGAACAGCGGCUGCCAGAGUCCGCUAAUUCCUAUCCCGCCGCCGCCGCCGCCGUUCAAGAUGCCGGCGAUGAAAUUUUUCGUGAAGGGAGACUUUGUUAAGAUACGGAGCGCCCAGAGCUCCCGGAGUGCGUCGCCGGAACCGGAGGAGGUCGUAGCUGAUCAUGCAUUGCCAGCUGGCAAGGAAGAGUCAACGACAACAUCGACGGUCAACGUAACUGACGGUGGAGACGGAGCUGGUAGAGCGUCGCCGUCAGUGUUCUGCCCCAGCCCUGACGUUAACACGAAAGCUGACAACUUCAUUGCCAGGCUUAGAGAUGAGUGGAGGCUCGAGAAGAUUAACUCUCUCAGAGAAAAGAAGAUGAAUUGA